AUGCCACCCCCACACGUCGUGCCGUCGCUGCGCUCCUAUUUGGGGGCGGUGAAUUAUUAUGGGAAAUAUGUUAAGGAGAUGCGUGCCCUACGGUACUCCAUGGACCAACUGCUCAAAACUGGUGUCAAGUUCGAGUGGUCCAAAGCUUGCCAAACCUCCUUCGACAAGUUUCGGGAAGUUCUGCAGUCACCGUUGCUUCUGACACAUUUCAAUCCGAAGCUAGACAUCAUUGUGUCCGCCGACGCCUCCAAUGUCGGCAUUGGCGCCCGCAUCGAUCAUCGCUUUCCUGACGGCAACGUGAAGGCAAUUUGUCAUGUUUCCCGUGGCCGCACCCCGGCCGAAAGCAAUUAUAGCCAAACUGAAAAGGAGGGCCUGGCUUUCAUUUUCGCGGUCACACGGUUCCACCGGAUAAUUUACGGUCGUCGCUUCAUCCUGGAAACCGAUCAUAAACCGCUCCUUUCCAUCUUCGGAUCCAAGCAAGGCAUCCCCGUCUUCACAGCCAACCGGCUACAAAGAUGGGCCUUGACUAUAUUACUCUACGAUUUCGAAAUACGCUAUGUGUCAACAGAUUCCUUCGGCCACGCCGACAUAUUAUCACGGCUUAUUAAUCGACACAUCCGGCCAGAAGAGGAAUAUGUUAUUGCAAGCCUUGAGCUCGAACACAUGGUAAGAACUGUUGUCCAUCAAUCGCUUUCGAAUUUCCCACUUUCGUUUAAGGUCAUCCAAUCUGAAACUGGAAAAGACAACACUCUUCAACAAGUCAUUCGGUUCAUUCAGUCCGGAUGGCCCCCGAAACAAUCAAGUAUCUCCGAUGGAAAACUUCAACAGUUUUUCCAGCGACGUGAAGAUCUCUCUGUUGUCGCUGGUUGUGUGAUGUAUGGAGAACGACUAACCAUCCCGACCGGAAACCAAAAACGAGUGCUGCAACAGUUACAUAAAGGCCAUCCGGGGAUCGAGCGAAUGCGCUCCGUGGCUCGCCAAUAUGUCUAUUGGCCUAGCAUCGACGAAGACAUCGCCAAACUCGUUCGGGCAUGCCAUGAGUGCGCAAGUGUGGCGAAAACUGACCGGAAAACCGACCUCGAAUCCUGGUCAACUUCGGAAAAGCCAUGGGAGAGGCUUCAUCUCGAUUACGCUGGUCCUGUUGACGGGUACUACUACUUCGUACUUGUCGACUCUUACUCGAAGUGGCCAGAAAUCGUUCAUACCAAGGAAAUUACCACAACAGCUACUCUGCGGAUGCUCCGCGGAAUUUUCUACAGAUUUGGGGUUCCGAAAAAGGUUGUGUCCGAUAACGGCACACAAUUUACCAGCUACCAGUUUGAGCGAUUUUGUGACACAAAUGCUAUUAUGCACCUAAAGACUGCACCGUUUCAUCCACAGUCAAACGGCCUUGCCGAGAGAUUCGUACACAUCUUUAAAAGAUCUCUCAAGAAAAUAAUCACCGGGGGAGAGGCACUAGGCGAAGCAUUUGACACGUUAUUAUUGUGCUAUCGUUCAACACCAUGCAGGAGUGCACCGAGUGGGAAGUCGCCUGGAGAACUUCUGCUGGGCCGACUAAUGCGAAACAGCCUGGAUUUGCUUCGACCACCUUCCGAGGUCCACAAAGAAGGAAGAACCAACCAAGAAGAUCAGUUCAACAAAAAUCAUGGUAUUAAAGCGAGGAACUACAGCAUCCAAAGUCUCGUUUGGGCCAAGGUGUACCGCAACAACGAUUGGACCUAG